CCCAAACACUCCAUUCGCAGCACUUCUGCAUCCUACAGCUCCCUAUCUACGAGAACUUCCACCCAGUCAGCCCUCGAAUGGGCAACCCUUUCCGCCAUGUCCUAUAACACCACGCGCUCCAAGCGCGCCGCCGAAGACUUUGUCCGUACCCACGACCCCGACUCUUACGGCCAACCGACUAAAAAGCCACGCUUCGACGUGCGCAACCCGUCCGCCCUUGCGCCUGACGCCCCUGAAGAUGAUGCCAUCCUCGACGCCGACGUCAUCGGCACAAGAGGCCAACAAGUCCGCCGCGGCGCCGUCAACAUUGACGGAUACGACUCCGACAGUGACAACGACAAUUUCAAUGCUCGGGCUGACGCCAAAUCGCGCUCCGAAAAGGCUGCUCAAAAAUCCAAGCAAGAAGAUGAUAAUGACAUGUUCGCCGACCUGGAGGAGGACUUCCGCGAUGGCGACGACUCGGAAGGAGAUGCUGGACGACGUGGCGGGAAGAAGAAAGCCGUGCGGUUCCUCGAUGAGGAUGAGAUUCAGGGGCAAGUACAAAACUCAAAAAGCGGUGGACAUGUCUCGGCGGAUUUCGGUCUGAACGCCAAUGGCCACGGUAAGGGAAAAGGCCGACAAGUCGAUGAGGAAGUGGAGAGCAGUAGCGAGAGCGAGGUGGAUGACGAAACGCGGGCAAGUGCGGCUGAGCUGGAUCCUGAGUUGGGUGCUGGAAGCAAGAAAUCACAUGCCCCGAAAUUGGAUGCUUUCAACAUGCGCACAGAGCUAGAGGAGGGUCGAUUCGAUGAGCAAGAGAACUAUGUUCGCAAAGCAGCAGACCCUGACGCCAUACACGAUGUCUGGCUAGAAGGAGUGUCAAAAAAACAGAUGCGAAAAGCCAGAGAGGCUGCAGAGAAGCGGGAAGAGGAGCGUAGAAGGCGAGACAUUGAGGACGACGCCAAAUCCACGGGAGAAGUCCUAGCUCAGCUGAUACCUUUCCUCGAACGAGGCGAGACAACCCUGGAAGCUCUAGCUCGACUUGGAAAGGCAAAAGAGAAAAAGCCAAAAUGGCAAAACAAAAACAAGAAGAAGUCGGAUGCAACGUCAAGUGAGCACGCUGACAACGAUGCGGCCGAGAAAGUUCGAAAGGAAAAAGUCGAAGCCAUCACUGGUGCUGCAGAUAUACUGCUCACUCGUGGUCAACCCGAGGUCUACGACGUCGAAAGAGAAAUGCUUGUGCGCCAGUACAAGAAAGAAACAGGUGAUGAAUGGAUUGAUGCUCGUCAGCCAAAUGAUGAUGAGGCUGAUGGUGCCACCUCUAGCUCUAUGGAACCAAUGUGGGAAUACCGCUGGACUGAUACAAGAGACGGCGGCGCCGUCAACGGACCGUAUGCUGCUGAUACCAUGAAGCAAUGGAAUGAUGCUGGAUAUUUUGGUGAGGGUGUUGAAUUCCGUAGAGUGGACGGUGGCGACUGGACCAGAAUAGCCGAGUUCGCCUGAUAAUACUGUCGUCCGAUAUUCCGAAUAAUCGACUUCCUAAGCAUGGAAUAUUCCCGUUUCAAUUCGACCUUCACCAUCCAACGCAGCCGCACCAGUGUGUUGAAAGGUCAUGACUCGCCAAUUCAGCUCUCGACGCCAGAAGAGACCGUAGCCGAGUCGGUUACUACCUUUCUCCGCAGAUAGACCACCACUGCCAGGCAUCUCUCGACCAAGGACGCACGAUCGGAAUCUAGAGUGAAUCAUACCCAUGCCACAGCAGACGCAAGGCUCAUGGGUCACGUAGAUGUCCAGUCCACUGCAGAGGUAGCCUUCUUUUUGGGGACCUGACUGCUUCUCUGGCAAGGCAUCAUGGGGCUCAGAAAUGGCAAUGUUGCCCACCUGAGUGGUGAGGUCCUGAAGGGCUUUGGCGUCAUCCUCAUAGCGGGCUUCAAUACCUGUGAGAGCUUGACCAGACGGCGUCUCACAGUAUGUCGUAAGGAACUUUUUGUGGCCGCCAGCAGCGAUUCGCCUGCGGAGUUCUUUGUUGGCCACCAUCGCUAUUGCGCGCAUGACAGCGUGAUAUUCGGGUCUGCCUUCGGCGCGAUUGGCCUUGCGAGCUCUUUGGACUGUCGGGUUGUCAGAAUACCAACGGGCAUCUCCAGCCACUGCAAGUACUGCGCCAGUCUCGGGAUCAACGAUCACAGCACCGACCGCACGUCCAUGGCCCAUCUCUCUAGCUUCCAUGGCUGCCAUCCUGGCCAGGCCCAUGUACUUGUCUGCGGCCGGGACCUCAAGUUGAGAUCUGACACGCUUAAGAUGAUGCAAUGGUGGAGCAUCCUGAAUGACCUGUGCAGCAGGGUUGUAGAUUGUUGGCCAGUAUCGUUCCGUCCACAGUGCGGCUUGUUCAGCAUUGAGUGGACCAAAUCGAGGCACCACAGCAUCGAAGCAGCGUGGGAGACCUUCGACAUCGAUGUGAGGCAGGAAGGUAUCCCGAAUCUCUUCCCAUGGUACGACUGUGUUUGGAACAAGGACAAAGCUGGUCUGAAGUCCUCUUGAGUCGUAGUCGCGACGCCAGGUCAGAUCUUCCGGUAGGUGAGACAAAGUGCAGACUCGUCGGAAGUGACUGAAAGAUGGGUGCUUGCCGCCGUUUGGGAUGAUGGGCUUGACGAUGCUGAUGAGAAGUGUUAGCAACACAUGAGACAACACGACACGAAACUUGCCUCAGUGCCUUGCUGGUCAAUUUGGCCGGAAUUUCAAUCACGAACGCUCGUACUACGUAAGUGGUCAGUUUGCUUCUCAUAUGUCUGACCAAGAAAGACGACAAACAUACCAAACACUUCCUCUGAACGCGUCUCAUGGAGAGUCUUAAGGGGCUCAAGGAAUGCCACAGGUUCCGCCAUGACUGGAGAGGCUGAUGAGCACUGGCUGCAUGAUCCUGUAGGAAACCCUUCCCGACUGACGAACAGCGAUGAAGAGGAUGUCUGUAAAGGAGGAAGAGAUGGUGAUGUUGUCCGAUUGUCGUUGGGUAAAUAAUGUUCAAUCGUGCCUGCUGAGGCAGCGCUCAAUAGUAGUAAACGACGGCAAGUGCUUUGCGCCUUGAAGCGGCGAGAAAGUGCAGGUGAAGAGAUUGGUGUGACCGCCUAGCAAUCACACGACAAGGAACAAAAGAGGAAUACUGAGUGAAAGUAAGUGAAGUCUAU